AGGCUCAACUUGUGAAGCCCAAUCAUAUGAGCUCUGGAGAAUGGUGGGACUCGCCCAAAGGUUCAAUUUCCAAGCUUCGCCUCUCUAGUUUUUAUAAACGAAAUUCGUUCACUAUUCUCCUGCUUCGUGUGUUCUAUAAGCUCCUACCAGGUGUUGGGGAAGAGGGAUCAAGAUGGGAUUUAUAAUGGAGUUUGCAGAGAAUUUGGUACUAAGGUUAAUGGAGGACCCUAAGGAGAGGGAUAGGAAGUUCAGGGAGCACGUGUAUGCAGUUAAGGAUCGGUGCAACAAGACCAAGGAGAUGUGGAGCUAUCCUCUCCGUCCCUACGGUUUCUGGACCUUCGAUCGCCACAACUCUCAGCUGAAGUGGGAUGCUCAGAUUAGCCAGGUGCCUGGUCGAAGGGACCCCUAUGAUGACCUCCUUCAGCACAGCCAUGAUAUCCCGAAAUGAACAAGUGAGAAAUCUCUGUAUGCCAUCUGCGAAGUGAAUUAAAGCUUUUCUGAAGGAAAUGGCGAGAAAGUUAAGCUUGUUGUUCUAUUGAAUUUUCGUUCCAUGUAUUGUGCAGCAGGAUUAUCGGUUGGUUUGAAGCACUUGUUUUCAUGACUGAUCCAUGACUUUGAAUAAGCAUUCAUAUAACUCUAGUUUUAUGAAAGACGCUCAUUUGGAAUUUUUA